AUGACCAGGACUUCAAAGGACAAAUUAUUUGAGUUAGAUCCAGAAAUUGAGAGGACUUUCAGGGCUUUGAGAAUUCAAGAGAAAGCUUCAGAAGGCUCUGAAAAUACCUUAUCACAUUCAGAUAUUUCCAUGGAUGAUCAUAACAGAACCAUAAAGGAGCUUGCAGCUCCUGAUGAGGCUUUUAAGUAUUCAUGCAUCACUUAUCCAACUUUAGCAGGAGAUUUUGAGUUGAGAUCAGGGUUGAUUCACCUACUUCCUAAAUUUCAAGGGUUAUCUGGAGAAGAUCCAAAUAGACAUUUGCAUGAAUUCCAUGUGGUAUGCUCAACCAUGAAGCCACAGGGAAUUUCAAAAGAAGAUAUCAAGCUAAGGGCUUUUCCAUUUUCAUUGACUGGGGUAUCAAAGGAUUGGCUAUAUUAUUUGCCACCAGGAUAUAUAACCUCAUGGAUUGAUAUGAAGAAGGCUUUCUUGGAGAAAUUCUUUCCAGCCUCAAGGACUGCAACUAUUAGGAAAAGCAUAUGUGGGAUUCAGCAAGUGGUGGGAGAGACAUUAUAUGACUAUUGGGAGAGAUUUAAGAAAUUAUGUUCAAGUUGUCCUCAACACCAAAUCAGUGAGCAGUUACUAGUCCAAUACUUCUAUGAGGGUUUAUUACCUAUGGACAGAAGUAUGAUAGAUGCAGCAGCCGGAGGAGCUUUAGUGAACAAAACUCCAGAACAAGCACGGGAGCUAAUUUCGAACAUGGCUGAAAAUUCACAGCAAUUUGGAAGUAGAGCACUCACUACUAGAGGAGUUGGUGAAGUUCAAAUGGCUUCUAAUGAACAAAAGGAGAUAAAGAAUUCAUUGAUGGAAUUAACGACCUUGGUGAAACAAUUAGCCUUGAACAAUGCUACUCAACCUUCUGUUGUGCCGAAUAUGCAAUUUCCAUGUAAACAAAGCAUAGGUUGUAGCAUUUGUUCGAGUCAAGAUCACCUUUCAGAACUUUGUCCAAAUCUCAUUCAAGAUGAAUCUUUGGCAGCAUUCUCUAGAGCUCAGUUCCAACAAAAACAUGACCCAUAUUCAUCUACAUAUAAUCCGGGUUGGAGAGAUCAUCCAAACGUGAAGUAUGGCAAUUCAUUCUAUCAACAUCCAUCUUCAAAUCAGCAUUUCAGCCACAAUUCCAGCAAUUUCCAGCAACCUCAGCAAGGUUUCCAGCAGCAUAAUCAGAAUUUUUAG